AUUGCCUACAACAUCAUGACGUCUAUUACCGAAAUCUUCAUUUUGAUCAUCGGAAUCAUUGCCAUCAGCGGGGAGGCACUCAACUCGAGUAACGAUACGGAUCUUUCCAGCUCUCGGGUUUCCAAUCGUGAAUUGUUAGAUACACUGGAGUCCACGAACCUGGUUCCCUCUUUCGAGAGAUUGGAGAGAAAAUGUAAUGGAAUUAUUGGCUUUCUUGGCUGCAUUACUACCGAUAGAAGUAUUAUUAAUCCGUUAGGCAGUGGCAUACGACCAAAGCGCGAGUCUAUUGACAUCAUGACCAUCGACAGCAAGCAUGGAAUCCGGAGGGAACGACAACAAGCUGUAGUUAAGUCCAAAGGUUCAGAUGAUGAACCUGAUUCGGUCAUGUCACUCUUCACCGGAUCCAGUUCUCCGUUAAGAUCCAUGAUAAGAAACAGAAGUCGUCGAUCGGCCUCAAUACCAGGGACAUCUUCCAAUAAAAACACUACAGUGGAGGUAUAUCCGGCGCUUGUCAGUGAUGGACCACCAAAGUUGUCCAAUAAUCAACGUCUUCUUAUUAUGUUAUUGAUGUAUCUUACUUCGCCGUACCUUUUGAUCGUUCCAAACAAAGAUUAUUAUCAAAGCGACGAACAAGAAAUUUAUUAUUCUUGAAAUUUAUUUUACAAAUAUCAGAUUAUUAUAAAUAAAUUGGGUAUUUUUAAUAUUAUUCCUUAUAUAAAUUAAACAAUACAUCUUCUUAUAUAAAUGUUAUACAAAAGCUAAAUAGUAGGUACCCACUCUUAUUAUAUUCAUUAUAAAAUAUA